UAUGUAUGUAGGCGUGUGUAUGUGUGUAUGUGUGGCAGGGUUGAGAAGUGCAGUGUUGGCAGCAGGGAGGCAGAGGCACAGGUGGGAUAGCCAGGCAGGGGCAGACAGGGGAAGACAGGGAGAGGAAGGAGAGGAAAAGGAGCCAGGGAGAGAGGAAAGGAUUGUGGUGGUGGUGCGGAAGACUCAUUGUGGUGGUGUGGUGGUGGUGCGGCGAGAUGUGGUACGCUGUGGUGGUGCUGUGGGCCCUCUUCCCCAUGCCCAGGGGGUUCUACGUGCCCGGUGUCGCCCCUGUGGAGUUCCAGAGGCUCUCCCCGGUGGAGGUGAAGGCUGUGAAGAUGACCAGCUCCCAGACGCAGCUCCCCUACGAGUAUUACUCCCUCCAGCUGUGUCGGCCUCGCAGUGGCACCAUCUACAAGUCUGAGAACCUCGGGGAGGUGCUGCGUGGUGACCGCAUCGUCAACACGCCCUACGAGGUGCGCAUGGCCCAGGACGCCCCCUGCCGCCUGCUGUGCCACGACCUGCCCCAGCCCAUCACAUGGAACGCUGAUGCUGCCCGCCAGGUGGUGGACCGCAUCCGCCACGAGUACUUCGUGCACCUGCUGGUGGACAACCUGCCCUGCGCCACCAGGUACCCCGCUGCCGAUGGCGGGGACAGCGUGUACCAGCGCGGCUACAAGCUUGGCUACAUUCAGAACAACCGCGCCUACAUCAACAACCACCUCAGGCUCAUCCUCUCCUACCACACCGACGAUGACCUCAACUUCAGAGUGGUCAGGUUUGAGGUGGAGACAGCUAGUGUUGACCUGGCUGACCUUAAGGGUUCCAUCAACAACUGCUCAUUCCCGGAGAAGCACAACCCGCAGGAGGUGAAGGAGACAGGCACUGACCUUCUCUUCACAUACUCGGUGCAGUGGCGGCCCUCUGAGGUGCGGUGGGCCUCUCGCUGGGACAUUUACCUGCAGAUGACCGAUGUGCAGAUUCACUGGUUCUCCAUCAUCAACUCUCUAGUGGUGGUGUUCUUCCUGUCUGGCAUCCUCACUAUGAUUAUGAUCCGAACGCUGCGUAGGGAUAUUGCAAGGUACAAUGCUGACGAGAGCCUUGAGGAGACGCUGGAGGAGUCCGGGUGGAAGUUGGUGCACGGUGAUGUGUUCCGGCCGCCACGCUACCCCAAGCUGUUCACUGCACUGGUGGGGUCCGGCGUGCAGAUCUUCUGCAUGGCGCUGAUCACCAUCGUGCUGGCCAUGUUUGGCAUGCUGUCGCCGGCCUCACGUGGCGCCCUCAUGACGGCUGGCAUCCUGCUCUACGUGUUCAUGGGCCUCAUCGCCGGCUACAUGGCAGGCCGCCUCUACCGAACCCUGCGUGGCCAGCAGUGGCGCUCCGCAGCCUUCUGGACCUCCACACUGUUCCCCGCCUUUGUGUUCUCCACCGGCUUCUUCCUGAACUUCUUCAUCUGGGGCAAGCAGUCCAGCGGCGCCGUGCCCUUCAGCACCAUGGUGGCACUCAUCGCGCUGUGGGUGUGUGUGUGCGUGCCACUCACCUUCAUUGGCUACUACUUUGGGUUCCGCAAGCAGCCAUACGAGCACCCGGUGCGCACCAACCAGAUCCCCCGCCAGGUGCCGGAGCAGGUGUGGUACAUGCACCCGGCGCUGUGCCUGCUGAUGGCUGGCGUGCUGCCCUUCGGUGCCAUGUUCAUCGAGCUGUUCUUCAUCCUGUCUGCCAUCUGGGAGAACCAGUUCUACUACCUGUUUGGUUUCCUGUUCCUGGUGUUUGUGAUCCUGGUGGUGUCGUGCGGCCAGAUCAGCGUGGUGAUGGUGUACUUCCAGCUGUGCGGCGAGGACUACCACUGGUGGUGGCGUAGCCUCAACUCGGGUGGCUCGGCGGUGUAUGUGGCUGCCUACUCCCUCUUCUACCUCUCCACCAAGCUGGAGAUGACGGAGUUUGUGCCACUGCUGCUCUACUUCGGCUACACCACCAUCAUGGUGGUCACCUUCUGGCUGCUCACCGGCACCAUCGGCUUCUACGCUGCCUACGUCUUCAUCAGGAACAUUUACGGCGCCGUCAAGAUUGACUGAGUGGCGGCAGCGGCGGCAGCAGCCAGCUGGUUAACGCUGGCCCGGGCGGCCCUGUGCCGGGGUCGGCUGUGCUGUCUUGGUGCCGGGGGGGACAGUGCAGUGCUGGGUGGCCUGUGAGGGUGGCCUGGCAGCGGCGGCGGUGGUGGUCAUCGGCGUAGACAGCAGUGCUUGCUGCUGCUGUCUUGUACAAAGUUUAGCAGGACAGGCCAUUGCACAGGUGUGUGUGUUUGUGUGUGUGUGUGUGUGUGUGUGUGUGUGAGUGUGUGUGUGUGUGUGUUUGUAUGUCAGUGUGUGUGUGAGUGAGUGAGUGGGUGCAGGUGUCUGGCAGUGUGGGGUGGGGUGGAGGGGGCACGCUGGGCCUGCCUGCUGUGUGGCUGUGGUGCAGCACUGCCACAGCAUCUCUCGCCGCGCCGCACCUCCCUCCGCUCCCCUCACCACCACAAGGAGUCCCUUACCGCUUCACAUCCUGUGGCUAAAUAUAUUAAUAAUUAAGCUGAUAGUUUGAAAUUUUCUUGUAUGUGCUCUGUUAUUCCUCUUCCCUUGGACUUUCUAUACAGUUUUCUAUCACCGAGGACAAUAAUGAGGGGUGGCGCUGUACUCCUCUCCGCAUCUUGUAUCUUGUGAAAUGUUUAAUAUUAUUUCUGGUAAGGGUUUGCUAGCCACUUAUUUAUACCUAAUACUGUAGCACACUUAGCCACACCUCCAACUAACCCAUUACUCUUGUUUGUUCUGCAUGACGAGGGCGGCUCUUCUUCCUCUGCCAGUCACCAGGAGUGGCUCGGUCUGGCUUGUGACCAGUGUAGGGAACCAGUUCUUGCUCAGCUCACCAAGACACAACCUGGUCCUCUUGUGAGAGUCACCUAUUUAAGACUGCCUGAUCCUCUUUGUGAGUUACCAGGUUAUCAUACUGCUUGAAGUCAACACUACCAGGAGGGAAGACAUGGCAUGGGGGUGUGUGAUGCAUUGUUAAGGUGAAGAGAAGAGUGACGGUGAACAUGUGAGGCAGGGAAGUGACAGAGUGAGCACAUGAGGGGCAGGGAAGGGUAGGAAGAGUGACAGAGUAAGCACAUGGGACAGAAAAUUAACAGGAAAGAGUGACAGGGAGCACAUGAGACAGAAGGUUAGCAAGAGGAGAGUGACAGAGUGAGAACAUGAGAGACAGGGAAAGUAACAGAGUGAACAUUUGAGAAGCAAAGGAGAUUGACAGAGUUAGCAGGAAAGAGUGAGAGAGUAAGCACAUGAGACAGAAAGUUAGCAGGAAAAUGACUUAGUACAAGACAGUGAAAAUCAGUAACAGAUUGAACACAAGAGGGAAAAUUAGGAAGAGUGACCACAUGAGACAAGGAAAAUUGACAGGGAAAGAGUGACAUUGAGCACAUGACGAGCAUGGAGAAGUUAGAGUGAGUAAAUAAGAGACAGGAAAGAGUGACAGUCAGCACAUGAGACAGAAGGUCGAUGAAGUUAGUGAGGACUGUAGAAAGACUAGUAAUGAGGAGGGCAGAGGACUGGAGAUAAUGACUAAAGCUACACACCACACAAACAUGGCAGUUCUUGUACCAUCACUGCCAAACACAUCAAUUUCAACACAGUUUAUUUCUGCAACAGUUAAAACACAGCUAGGAAAUUAGUGAAGAGUGACAGGGGUUAAGAUUGCUACUGUAACUUAAUGCUUCUCUCCAUUUGAAGUUUAUUUGAGGAGCAGUUUAGUGUGUUGAGAAGAUUGACACAGGGAUUAAAAUUUGCACUGUAACUUAAAGCUUCUCUCCAUUUUAAGCUUAUCUGAGGAGCUGUUUUGUUGAAAAGGAUUGACAGGUGAGAUCAGUUUGAGAAAUUUUACCUUUUCUUCCAAAUUAAGAAAGUGCAGAGAAGUGGAAGAUUUUAAACUUACGUGUAUGAGUUUACCUUUAAAAAAAUUCACUGCUAUACAAAUUAAAUGAAAAAAAACAAUAAUUUAGAUAUCGUCAAACUUGAGCUGUGAGUUUACUUCAAAAUAUAUUGUUCACCGACUUGUAUUUUUAGAACUUUAGCCAUGAGUGGGGUUUGAAAAUUCAGGAAAGCCACAGACAUACAUUGAAUCAUACAGUUAUGCAUUGUCCUUCCCUAAUAAAAUGCUUCUCUAUUGCCUCAUACACCACUGGCUCAUGUAUUUUGUAUUUAUUUUAGUCAUACAUGAAUCAUACAAGUUAUCAAUUCUGCUGUAACGAGAUGCUUCCCCAAUGAAUCAUACAGUGCUGGCUCAUGUAUUUGUUGCAUUAAGAUUUUGCUGUAUUUAAUUUCCAUAGAGUUUGAAGGAGGUGGGCUGAGUAUAAUAUUUUUUUCAUUAUUAUUAUUAUUUAUUAUUUUUUUAUUUAUUUAUUUAUUUAUUAUUUUUUUUUUUUCCGUUUUUCUUUGUGAGGGUUUGUAUUUUAUUGUUGUGUGUAUCUGAUUGACAAGCGGAGGUUUAUAUGCUAAUUUUAAGUGUAUGUUGUAUUUCCAAAGAUCGAAACUUAGACUGCUUGCUAACUUUCGAUCUUUUUUCCACCAUUAUCAUCAUUAUCAUUGUUUUUUUCUGAUAUUUUUAUUUUUUGAGAGUGGGAAUUUUAACACCACACAAUUUUAACUUUGAAUUUCACCAUCAUAAAGUAAUAGUGAUCUGUUUUCCACAUUCCAAUGCAUAGUUUUCCCUUUUGUUUUUCAAUUUCAUUUAUUUUCAACACUUGCUGGCCGUCAGUGUUUGGGUGUUGCAUGUUUGUAGGUGAUGGGUGUUGCCAGGCCCCAGUUAUUGCCUUUGAGAACACUGUGUUGGUUUCAGGGAAGGAGAAGAAAAUUUGUUGUGUCUUCAUGUAUUCCAAAAGUGUGCAUAUUCUGAAGCCUUUUGUCAUCUUCCAGUACUGUAUUGAAGAAGCUGCUGUGGAAGUGACUGGGGUUUUUAAGGGUGUUUUGCAUAUACUUUAGUGAUAGUUUAAGGAGAAUUGACACCUUUAGCAAGCUCCAGUGAAAGUUACAGGUGUAUUUAAGUAUAUUUCCAUGACUCAAGUGAUAUUUAACAAGAAUUGACACAUUUAGCAAGCUCUGGUAGAAGUUAUAGGGGUAUUUUAGUAUAUUUUUCAUGAUUCAAGUGGAUUUAACAAGAAUUGACACUUUUAACAUGCUCUACUGGAAAUAAUUGCAUCUUUUGAGGGUGUUUUGAUGAUUUAAGUAACAUUUUAACAAGAACUGGCUCACUUAACAAUCUGUAGUGGAAGUUAUAGAUGUAUUUAAGUAUAUUUUUCAUGACCUAAGUGGUAGUUUAACAAGAAUUAAUACUUUUAACAUGUUCUACUGGAAAUAGCUAUCCUUUGAGGGUGUUUUGAUGAUUAAGUAAUGGUUUAACAAGAAUUACACAUUUAGCAUACACUAGUGAAAGUUAUAGGGGUAUUUAAUUGUGUUUCCAUGAUAUAAGCAGUAUUUUACAAGCUCUAUUAAUUAUGUGGGGCUUUCAAUUGUGACUUUAUGAUGCCAGUAAUAUUUUGACAACCUUUCUGUGCAUUCAAGAGGCUCUGGUGAAUGUUGCUGAGGUUUCCAAGGGUGUCCUCAUGUUCCUAGUAAUAGUUUAACCCCUUCAAUACUGCAACACAUUUUGAACUUGAGAUUUGUGUAUGAUUAGAUGAUUUUGCUAACAUUAGGAAGGGUCUAUGGAGGUCAGAAGAUUAAUGGCCACAAUCUUCACUAUUCUAAUCCCCCAUAUAAGUGUCUGAAGCUGUAUAAAAUCUCCAGAUAGUAAGCAGAAUGAAUAUGAAAAUACAUCAUGGGACUGAAGGGGUUAAGAAGUGGUUUAGAUGAUGAAUAGACCAUAGUGGGGUUUGUUGGGGUUUUCAAGGACAUUUUAUUGAUUCAGGUGAAAAAGUUAAUGAUUUUGUAUUAUUAACUGGUUGUAUAGGAAGUUACUGUGGUUUUCAAGGAUAUUUUCAUGAUUUUAGCUUCUAGUGAAGGUUAGUGAGAUUUCUAAGUGUGUUUUCUUGAUUCUAGUAAUAGUUCAGUAGAGAUAGGAUGAAAAAAAAUCCACUCAUAAGAACAUGAUGAGGAUUAUAAAAACACCCUUAAGAACAUCACUCAUUCCUGUAGCCUUGAGAACUCUACUAGUAAGAGAACAAGAGUCUUACAAUGCAGAGUUGAUUGCUACACUGUGUUUGCUUGUGGGAAAUGUGUCAACUUGCUUGUGUGAAGGUUGAGUGUUCUAUUGGAGUAAUGAGUGAGGCAGUGCACGGCCGGGCAGGGCAUGGGGAGUGAGGUGGAAUGGGUGGUCUGGCCUGUCUCCUCCGGCCAAGAUUUGAGAUGGUGGUUGUGCUGAGCGUGUGUUUGUCUGUCAACUGAAUGCUUGGCUUGAUUUGGAGCAAUAUUUUACGUUCAAUGUACAUACUGAGGGAGGUUGAAAGAUGGUUGGUGAGGGGCAAGAUGAGAGAGAGAGUAGUUCUUGAUUUACUUAGUUUUUAACUGAAAAAAUCACAUGUUUUGUGAUACAUGAAAUAUUUUUGCAAGAUAAUAAGUUUGUAAAGUAGAGACCAAGUAGUUGUUGCUUGUAAAUUAUUGUUUGCAUUUAGAUGGCCAGGCGGCGGCGGCGGUGGUGGCAAGACUGUCGCGUGUCUGGUCUGUAUUUAUUGAUUCCAUCACGUCUCCUGGUAACGGCCGACCAAUAGCUUCACCAAAUUUGGAUGUUGAAAGUUAUAUUAUGUUAAUUUGUUUUUAAAUUGCACUUUGUGAUAUUAAACAGAAUACUGAA